AGAUCAUGCCGCCACGGCCGGCCCCGACGGCCCCGGGAACGGCCGCCUAGGACGCGUCGGCGGUCGAGGGACGCCGUCGGCCCCGCCCCGCCCCGCCCGACCCCCGGCGGAGAGGCGCGGCCCCCGGCCGCGUGACGGGCCGGCCCAGCGGGGAGCGUGAAUCCGGCUCCUGCGGGGACGGGGGGCGGCGCGAGCGUGGAGGUGCCGCCCCGGACCGCGGCGAGACGGCAGCCACAGAGUUGAUUAUGGAAGAUUCCCACAAGAGUAACACUUCAGAGACAGCAUCUCAACCUGGUUCAGCUGUUCAGGGCGCUCACAUUUCUCAUAUUAAUCAACAGGCAUCAUCUUUAUCAGAAAGUGAGGAAUCUCAGGACUCAUCUGACAGUAUUGGCUCCUCCCAGAAAGCCCACGGAAUCCUAGCACGACGCCCAUCUUACAGAAAAAUUUUGAAAGACCUAUCUUCUGAAGAUACCCGGGGCAGAAAAGGAGACGGAGAAAGCCCUGGAGUUUCUGCUGUCACUUCUAUGUCUGUUCCAACUCCCAUCUAUCAGACUAGCACUGGACAGUACAUUGCCAUUGCCCCAAAUGGAGCCUUACAGCUGGCCAGUCCAGGCACAGAUGGAGUUCAAGGACUUCAGACAUUAACCAUGACAAAUUCAGGCAGUACUCAACAAGGUACAACAAUUCUUCAGUAUGCUCAGACCUCUGAUGGACAGCAAAUACUCGUGCCCAGCAACCAGGUGGUUGUGCAGACUGCAUCAGGAGAUAUGCAGACGUAUCAGAUCCGCACCACACCUUCAACUACUUCACUGCCACAGACUGUCGUGAUGACAUCUCCUGUGACCCUCACAUCUCAGUCAACUAAAACAGAUGAUCCCCAGUUGAAAAGGGAGAUAAGGUUGAUGAAAAACAGGGAAGCUGCUCGAGAAUGUCGCAGAAAGAAGAAAGAAUAUGUGAAAUGCCUGGAAAAUAGAGUUGCAGUCCUGGAAAAUCAAAAUAAAACUCUAAUAGAGGAGUUAAAAACUUUGAAGGAUCUUUAUUCCCAUAAAAGUGUUUGAUUCUUAGAAAAUACUCAUGGACUUGCCUAAAAAUUAGAUGAAUUUCCUUUAUUUUUAGUGGAGUUUUAUAAAUUAAAAGGUCAAAAUUGAAGCUUUUACCAUAGGCUUUUUCAACUCAAAGAUAAAUACGUUAUGUAAGAGAUCUGGUGACAGAGGAUAAAGUGGAACAUGACCUCACAGCAGUAACUGGCACAACUGGAACCCGGUAAAAAGUAAAUUUGUUCAAGAAGCAGGAAACGAAUUUUCAGCAAUUUGAAUUUUCUAUACACCAGCAGUGGUCAAUAACCCAACGUUGGCAGUUAGGAUGAAAUUUGUUAAAUUGAAUUUUUUAGAAGUCAGUUUACCCUCUAGUUUUGCAUUUCUUACUGUUUCCUAAAAUUUGCCCUUUUCAAUUGUGUAUUCCUGCCAAUAUAUUCUAAAUUACAAAUAUAAAAGAAAAGCUAAUACAUACUAGAUAUAUAAAUUAUGUGUUCUGAUUGUUUUAUUGUCAGGUGUUUUAAAUGUUUUUUUUUUAAAGUUUAUGGAACUUAGGUUGUUGAGCCCUGGUUAACUAUUUUUGAGGCUUUGUCCUAAAAGGCAUCUGAGGUACAUGAAACAGUGUGGAGUUUUAUAACUUUUUUUUUCUAUCAGAAUGAAAUGAGAACUGUUUAAAAGUUUGAUACUUUUAAAUAGUUUGGGGUUUUUUGCUUACUCUUGGAGUGGUGACUCUACAAAUAUGUAAUAAAUUGUUUUUUGAUUCUA